UCUUAUAACAAACUAUAAACAAACAUUAGUUAGGUGUUUAAAUACUAUUUUAAUAAUAAUUGUAAAUAAAAAUUUAAAGUUUAAUGGAUUUAGGUAGAUGUAGGUUAUGUUUACAAGAUGUUGAAGGUAACAAUGGAAGAAGUUUAUUUGAAACAUUUGAAAAUGAUACUGUGAUAUUAAGUGUUAAAGUUGCGACGUUAACAAAAAUUGAAAUACAUCCUGAUGAUGGAUUUCCAAAAAAUAUUUGUAACACUUGUUUUAAAAAAUUUUAUAAUUGCAUAGAAUUUAUUAAAUUAUGCCAACAAUCAGAUUUAAAACUCAGAAGCUUGAAACUUGAAAGUGAUGAUGAAUUAUAUAUAGAUUUAGAUGUAAGGGAAGAUAAUGUGAAUACUAAAUGUGAAAUUAUAACAAAUGAUGAAUUAAUUAAUACGCAAUCUGUGAAAUCAAGAAAGCAACAAUGUUUUACUUGUGGAAAAGUUAUGUCGUCUAGGUAUCGCCUCAAAACACAUUUAGUCACUCACACAGGUGAGAGGCCAUUCUCGUGCUCCCAGUGUGGAAAGAAGUUCUCACUUGCACAGACUCUUAAUGUGCAUAUGAGGAUUCAUACGGGAGAAAAGCCAUUCCAAUGUUCAAUUUGUGGCAACAAGUUUGCACAUUCUGCAGGAUUGAUAGCUCACAAACGAAAGCACACUGGUCAACUGCCAUAUCCAUGUAAACUGUGUCCAAGACAAUUCAGGACUGCGGGACAUCUGCAGUAUCACGUCCGGAGACAUACGGGUCAAAAGAAUUUCGAUUGUGACACUUGUGGCAGGGCGUUUAUCACCCGCCACGAUUUGAAACAACACUUAGUAACACAUUCCAGUGAAAAGCGACUUGUAUGCUGUGUUUGUGGCUUACGACUAAGCCGAGCUUCGAAUUUGAAGCGACAUAUUAGACUCGCACACAACGGUGACGACACCCUUGAUAAGUCGAAAUUAAUAUCAACAAAUACUAUCGGUAAUGAAAUUUUAGGUAAAAUAUAGUAACUAUGAGGGUUGCCAACUUUACUGUUAUUAAUAAAAAAACAGAAAUAAAUAUACUGUAGAACAAAAAACAGUCUGCAAGAUACUGUUUUCAGUAUCAAAGUGCUUUACAAUAUAAGUGAUAGAUAUAGACGUACUUACAAAUUUAUUUAUAUUUAGUCAGAGGGCGCCCAAUGCAGCAAGGCCAUAUAUAAAAAUAACAUAGAUAAAAUUCUGUUAAUAUUUCAAAAAUGCUGUUUACAUAUUAAACAAAAGUUGGUAACCUAUCCAUAAAAACAUAGUUAUUAAGAAUUUCAAGCACUCAACAAACCUCUUAAAUAUUAAUAUAAAGUUUUCUUAAAAUUG